CAAGGUUUCAUCAUUAACCGUCCAGCUAAAGCAUAUGAAUUGCUUUCACUCACACGGCUUACCCAUCAUGCGCUUCUUGUGGAUGACAAGUUUUCUCUUACUUUGUGUAGGUGGAAAAGCUCAGCACUUAAAAAAUCCGGCUUCGUUUAUGUCCCUAGACAAUGAAGAAAUUCUUGAAAAGUUAAUGGAGUCCAUUACGCAGCAAUUAGAAGAUACCAGAGCCAUUGAUGAUGUUACCUCUGUGCUUCAUAAAGUUUUUGCGGCACUCAAAUCCUCUUCGUUUCCGACGGCCGUGGCAACCAAUAUCAGUGAAAAAUGUCUGACAGACAGUCAAUUUUAUGUUCACAGUCUUUACUCCAACCGCAGCCUAUGGGCCUUGCAAAUGCAAGAGUCUUCGGCACAACUACCACCAGGGCUUUUUGGAGCUAAUAACAUUCAUGCUGAUGGGCUCUUCGACGAAUGUCUGGCUGUUCGGGCACCAGGCUUUGACGGACAGUAUUGCAACGUUUUCCUCAUGCCACAACGUGUCGAUGAAUCGGAAAUCCUUCCACCUACAGAAAUAAAUGACAAGAACAACUUCAUAACAAUUUUUCAGAUCUUGGGCAAUCUUCUUGGAACGGAUCGAACCGAACCCAAAUGGACAAUUGCCGAUUCAAAUACUUACAUUUACCCAAGCACCACAUUCUGCCUUCCAUCGUCUUGCAGUGCUGAUGACCUGGGACAAGCUGUCGCCCAACUUAUUGGAAGUUACGUCAUCGCCAAUAGAUCUCUGGUGACCGUGACAGAUGAACAGUAUUGCUUCAAAGAGAGUAACGAUCCUCCACCCUUCGACGGUGUCACUAUCACAGUCAUAGUGGUUUUGAGCCUUGUGGGUUUAGUGGUUGUUGCAGCGACUAUUCACGAAGCCUGGCGGAUGUACUGCGGGACCGAUUUUGACUUAAAAACAGAUGGCAAGGCUCUGAGUGCAUUGCACUGCUUCUCGGCUCUAAGUAAUGGACGAAAAAUUCUUUCGAUGAAAGUGUCUGCUUCCUCUGCAAAUGAUAAUUUGGGAUGUAUCCAUGGCAUCCGCUUUUUCUCCACUUGCUGGGUUGUUUUGGGCCACACCUUUUCACUUGCUGCCAGCCGGACUAUGAAUCGAAAAGCUGUAGUAGAGGAUUUCAAAACGUUUGGAAUGCAAACCAUUGGAAAUGCUUCCGUUUCAGUUGACACCUUUUUCUUGAUGAGCGGGUUGCUCGUCUCGUUCCUUCUGCUCCGUGAAUUGGACCGCACCAAAGGAAAAUUCAACGUCGGCCUUUAUUAUUUGCAUCGCUAUUUACGUUUGACCAUCGUCUACGCCUUCGUUCUCGGUUUCGUUGCAGCCUUAAUUGUCUACCUCGGAACAGGUCCUUAUUGGUAUAACGUGACUCUGUAUUCAAACGCAUGUCGCAACGCCUGGUGGAGACAGUUUCUUUACAUUAACAAUUUGUUUCCAAUUGAUCCUGACUAUGCGUGCAUGGGACAAACGUGGUAUCUGGCUGUAGAUAUGCAACUCUUUGUCAUCUCUCCUCUGAUCGUGUAUCCACUUUGGCGUUGGAAGAAACCAGGGCUGGCAUGGCUUGCCUUUAUUGCUCUUCUAUGUCAAGCGAGUAUUUUCUUCGUUUACGCUAGAGACGACCUCAGUGCCACCCUUUGGGUCACACGCACUGAUGAAUUAGUCAAUUUUGCUAAUUAUUUUGAUCACUACUACGUGAAACCGUGGACUAGAGCACCACCCUACCUGAUCGGCAUAUGGGCCGGCUGGUAUUUGCAUGUUACCAAGGAGUCACAGCAACGUCUGUCCAAACUUAUGGUUAGUUUAGGCUGGACCCUGUCCACUGCUGUUGGUCUGGCUAUCGUUUACGGGUUGACGCCCUAUGUCGACCAGGAUCAAGUGCCAGUUGUGAGUCCUGUUGUCGAAAUGACUUAUGGGCCUUUACAUAGAACAGCUUGGGCUUUUGUUAUUGCCUGGAUUAUUUUUGCUUGUUCUCGUGGCUAUGGAGGUUUUGUUAACCGAUUGCUGUCGUGGAAGGGGUUCCUACCGUUGGGUCGGUUAACGUAUUGCGUUUACCUCAUUCACUUCGACUAUUUGACCGUAUUCUACGCUGCGCUGCGCAAGCGUUUCUACUACGCGUUGCUGGACCAGUUUACAACUUGUUUUGGAACUCUCCUUAUUUGCUUCGGAAUGGCCUUUGUGGUGUCUGUCACGUUAGAGGCAUCUUUCCUCAACUUGGAAAAGCUCAUCUUCUCUUCGAGGCCUAAAAGCAAACCACAAGGAGAAGUAAUUGAUCCUUCUGUUGACAUCAAAACAAAAUGUUAAAACAUACCUUGAUGAGCAGGAGGAUACAACCUUAUAAAUUUUUCUUAAAAAUUUGAAUUCUUUUAAUCCAAAAUUUGUCUCGU